CCACCAUGCAACUCAAGAAAACGGGUAUCGCGAUAGCUGGAUUAACAUCUAUGGCUAUUGCUGCAAGCGAUAAAUGCAAUGUCGUCACUAUACAGACAUACCUGCCCUACGGUAACGUUUUAACAGCAGACUAUGUCAAAAAUAACGGAACAUAUGGUCAGCCAUCUCAAUAUGGUGAUGACAUAGCUUUUCCGAACAAUGCAACUGGCUUACCUGACCUCUGUGCUGUUUAUGUGAAUGCAUCAAGUUCCGAUACGUCUUCAUUUAGGUUCGGGCUAUUUAUGCCUGAUGAUUGGCAAGAGAAUCGAUUCUUAGCAACCGGCUUGGGUGGUGCCGCAGGUGGUGUCGAUUGGGAGACAAUGGGAUAUGGUGUCAAAAACUAUGGCUGUGCAACUAUCUCGUCAGAUACCGGACACAAUUCCACAAUGUCUGAUGCCUCCUGGGCCUUCAACGAUGAGGAAGCAAGACAAGACUGGGGUCAUCGCGCUUUGCACCUUUCAACAGAGCUUGCUAAGAACAUAGUAAAUCAUUAUUACGAUCAAACCAUCUCACAUUCAUAUUACGCUGGAUGUUCAACUGGUGGACGUCAAGGUCUCAGAGCCCUUGAAAUGUAUCCAGAAGAUUACGACGGUGUACUCGCAGGUGCACCAGCAUGGUACACACAAAGGUUGCAGACUUCAGAAGUUCUUCUUGGAAUUUAUAACCUUCCUGAAAAUGCCACUCAUCAUAUUCCUUCAGACCAGUUUGAAUGGAUAUUUGAGCAAGUAUUAUCUCAAUGUGAUAUCGCGGAUGGUAUUUUGGAUGGCAUUGUUUCCUCUCCAGAAACUUGCGACUUUAUGCCUGAGAAGCUACUUUGUGGUCCUUCUUCAAACACCUCGGAAUGUCUCAACCCAGAACAAAUUGAGACACUCAAUAAGAUUCACUCAGAUUGGAAAUCAGGCAUGAAUGAUUUCAUUUUCCCUGGUUUCAACCUUGGUUCAGAGUCAACAUGGAUGCUAACUCAAGAAGCUGACGACGGGUCUUACGAGCCUGCUGGCUUCUCAGUCAACUAUGUCCAAGACUUUGUCCGUAACGACAAAAGUUGGGAUUGGACUACGUUUUCACUCGAUGAUACAUACCUAGCUGAGAAGCUUCGUCCUGGUAAUGCCACAGCCGAUGAAUUUGAUUUGCGACCAUUCAAGCAAAACGGAGGAAAGCUCAUUCAUUAUCAUGGAAAAGCGGAUGGAUCCAUACCAACAGGAUCUUCCAGUUACUUCUAUAAGCAAGUCCAACGCAACCUUGUUCCAAAGGGUGUUACUAUUGACGACUUCUACCGCUACUUCGAGAUCCCAGGUAUGAACCACUGUAUGGGUACGCCAAUGAACGCACCUUGGUUCAUAAAUGGUGUCAACCAAGCUCAGCAGUUAUCUUCAAUGCCUAAAUUCGAUGCCGAAAGUGAUGCCUUCACUGCUGUCAUUGAAUGGGUUGAGAACAAUAGAACGGUUGAUUAUAUACUCGCAACGAAGUAUGUAAGUGAUGACCCGGCGCAAGGAGUUGAAAUCCAACGACCAUUGUGCCCUUACCCAGUCAAGGUAAAGUAUAGCGGCAGUGGUGAUGUCAAUUCAGCUGAUAGUUGGACAUGCGACAAUUAAUAAAGCUGAAGAAAGAAAGAAAUAGGACAACCAUUGAUUGUAAAAAGUAUUUUCUUAUUUCAAACAUACAGUAUUUAAGAAUGCC